CCCGGAGGUGCCGGCGGAGCGGGGCUCCCCCCGUUCCCCGCCGCUGCCUUCCCGUCCUUGAGCCGCGGAGCGGGGCCCGGCCCGGUUGGCAGAGGAGGGGACGUGGGCCCGGAGUUGUCCCCAAAAAACGCCUCCCAGCCCCACAGGAGGCGUCUCAACGGCGGCUUCUGGAGAACUGGCUGCGAAACCGGGUUGUGGGGCGAGGAGGGUCCGGUACGUCCGUGCUAAGGGGACGCCCCGAAGCCGGCGACGUGCCAGCCCUGCCGGGACCCCGAGGCGAGGGACACCAUGCCUCCCGCCGCCCGCCGGUGGCCGCUCUGCUGGCUGGUGGUGGCCUGUUGGGUGGCCAGAGCAUCCCCGAGCCAAGAGUGCUCGGCGGAGAGAACAGCAGACGCCAUCAUCGAUAUAAACUUAUCUCUGCCCAAAGGCAUCCGGGGCGCCGAGCCGCUCUACGCCCUGAGCCCCGAAGCCUGCCUUGGCGCCUGCUGCUCGGGGGACAAGCUGCCAGGAGACAAGAAGUGUAAUCUGAUGAUUUUUGAUGCUCAAAGGACAAGCACACAUCCCAACUGCUACCUGUUUUACUGCCCUAGCACAGAGGCUUGUCCAAUGAAACCUGCGACAGGAUACGUGAGCUACAAGAUAACUAGAGACACCCAUGUUCCAGAGGACACAUCCUUCAAAAGCGAGGACUUUUCUUCAAAUGGCUAUUCUUUGUCUUCGGAUACUGGAGACUUUCCUUCUCGCAGUCAGACUAGCCAUCAGAACCGUACCGCUGCUCUGCAACAGUCUGUCUUCCAUCAGGCAUCCGAGCUCCUUAACCACGUGGUCAAACAUUUAGACAGCCUUGAAUUUCAUACAGGUUUGCCUGAAUCUCAGGGGGCAAAACAUCCCGAGAGCUUAGACCCCAUCCCAAGUCAGAAAGGGAUUAACCUGCCGCCAAACACGUCUUCUCCUGUUGGAAUGGGAACCCCCCCUGCUUUGUCCCCCACCGCUCGCUCUACCGCUCCUGAACCCAGCAGUACUGCUCGUAUUCCUCUGCCUACAACUGCCACCCAUCUGGCAUCUCAUACAACCUCUCAGCAUCCUGGUGGUGCUAAAGCUACUACUGCCACCACCACCACCAUCACCACAGCUGCCUUUCCGCCUGCUGCGACCGCUAGAGCCAAACCUCGUAUCCCUGCCUCCAGCGUCGCUGUUCCUGCUGCUCCUCUUCCCAGUCCCACAACUUCUGCUUCUAUUUCUGCAACCAAGUGGGUAGCCACGAGUUCCAGAUCUGCUGCCACCCCCUCAGGGCUAAGAACUCCAGCCACCCCUCCAGAGCCAACAGUUGUCUCUUCCAACAAUAUCAGCCACGUUACCCUCCUCUCCUUUUCAGGUUUCACUCUGUCUACUAGUGAUUCCCCCACAUCAUCUUUCCAGAACGACCCUCAGGGUUAUGACCCAUCUGAUUCAGAAAGCUACCUGCCAGAGAGUUUUCUGAGAGCGAAAGGUGUCGUUCAGCUGGGAGAAAAAAGCAGCCUUAUAGCAGCUUUGCUUUUUGGGGUCAUAUUCUUGUUGCUAGUUAUUGCACUGACAGGGAAGAAAAUACACGAAUCUCUUCAGAAAAGGCAUUAUACCAGGCUGGAUUACUUGAUCAAUGGAAUGUAUGCUGAUGUAUGAUGGGGAGAGGGAAUCAGAUUGUGAGGAGCAUCUCUCACCUUUGAGAGGACAACUCUGAAAUGGCACAGUAGAUACUGAAAUCUCAGAAAAGUAUGGAUUCCAUAUUUUUGGCCGCUAAGGGAAAGCAGCAGAUGGCUUUGGUGGGGAAGAGAACUGCUUUUUCUACACUGAACUGUAAUGUCUAUCAUUUUUGAUUUAUUACUGAAUCUGGAAAAUAAACACUGAAAUCCAAGUUAAGCUAAGAAGAUCUUGUAUUUAAAGGAAAAAAAGGCACUUGAAAAGCUUAAUCUGUACUGUGACAAGAUUAGUGGAAUAGAAAUACACCCAAUAAAUGGAGUACCUAUGCA